AUGUCCGAAAUUGCUCCAAUUGCCGUCAUUGGCAUGGGCUGUCGACUCCCUGGAGGAGCCAGCAGCCCCGAGAAAUUGUGGGAGAUGCUGGCCGAGGGCCGCAGUGGAUGGGGUGAAGUUCCUGCAGAGCGUUGGAACUGGAAGUCAUUUUACCAUCCACACAAUGAAGCCAAGGAAGCACUGAACUCGAAGAGUGGCUAUUUCCUCCAGCAGGACAUUGGUGCAUUUGACGCGAAAUUCUUCAAUAUAGCAUCUUACGAAGCCCAUGCUAUGGAUCCUCAACAGCGCAUCUUGCUUGAAACAACAUAUGAAGCGCUAGAAAAUGCCGGUGUUUCUCUAGAGAGCCUCAAGGGCUCCAACACUUGUGUCUACGUCGGACUUUAUGCCCGAGACUAUGAUCGCAUGGGGUUCAAGGACCUCCCCCAAAUCACAAAACUGCAUAUCACAGGAACAGGCGAGGCAGUUGUCUCAAAUCGCAUUUCAUAUUUGUUCGAUCUCAAAGGUGCCUCCGUCACAGUUGAUACAGGAUGUUCCGGAAGUAUGGUUGCACUUCACCAAGCUUGUCAGAAUCUACGCACUGGUGAAUCAAACAUGGCGAUCGUUGGAGGAACCCAGCUUCUUCUUCAUCCGGACCAGGCUAUCGCCAUGAGUACAGUGGGCAUGGUCAAUCCACAUGGUCGAUGCUUUGUCUUUGACAGCCGUGGCUCGGGUUAUGCGAGAGGUGAAGGCGUGGGCACGAUAGUGCUCAAGCGCCUCGACGACGCCAUUGCGGCUGGCGACCCGAUUCACGCUGUCAUUCGCAACUCUGGACUUAAUCAAGACGGCAAGACCGCAGGAAUCUCACUACCCAACCCCGACGCACAAGCAGCUCUCAUGAAAUUAGUAUAUUCCUCUGCUGGCGUGGACCCUCGGAGUACAGUCUACGUUGAAGCCCACGGUACCGGAACCCAAGCAGGUGAUAACGCGGAAAUCUCCUCUAUUAAUCAGGUGUUCUGCGAAGACACGGAGCGAAAAUCAGACAUCUAUGUCGGAUCAGUCAAAUCUAACAUUGGCCAUCUGGAAGCCUCCAGUGGUAUUGCCGGCUUGAUCAAGGGUAUCAUGAUUGUCAAGAAAGGAAUGAUUCCUCCGAAUAUUGACCUCGAGACACCAAAGCCAAGCCUCAAGCUUGAUGAGCGCAAGAUCAAGAUUCCCGUUGAAUUGACUCCACUACCCCAGCCUGAGCAGCCUGGGCCUGGUCGAGUCUCUUUGAACAGCUUUGGAUAUGGUGGCACCAACGCACAUGUGAUUCUUGAGCCAGCUCCCACACAGGUCCCUGACGCCGCAGUUGAAGGUGAAAAGCCCAACAGCGAGAUCAUGAUCAAGAGCGAUGAAAACCUACAAGUCAAUGGCACUUCUGCUGAAAGUAGUGAGAAGAGCCAGUUGAAUGGCCAUUCAACUCAAGCCGAUCCCCAAAUCUUUGUCCUGAGCGCUACCUCUGAGAAGUCACUUCUUGAGGCUGCCAAGAACGUACAGAAUUGGAUACAGGAAAAGAAUGCGGACGAGGAUAUUCUGAGCGACCUUGCCUAUACUCUCAACGUGCGGCGAUCACUGUUGCCGCUCCGGCUCAGUGUCGUAGCAUCUACUUCCGACGAGCUCAUCGCUGCUCUUGAGCCAAAGAAUGUCCGCAUUUCAAAGCUUCCACACUCUGUCUCCGUCGCCUUCGUUUUCACCGGACAGGGUGCGCAAUGGUUCGCCAUGGGCAAAGAGCUCAUCACUUCCCAAUCUGUAUUCCGGGACUCAAUUGUUCGCUCGGACAAAUUGAUUCAGUCUUAUGGUGCCGAAUGGAGCCUGGUCGAGGAACUCCUGAAAGACGAACAAUCUUCCAGAGUGAGCGACAGCGAGCUUUCUCAGCCCCUGACGACAGCCAUUCAGGUCGCGAUGGUUGAUCUGCUCGCAACCUUUGGCGUUGUUCCUCAAUAUGUCUGCGGCCACAGUUCGGGAGAAAUUGGAGCAGCCUAUGCUGCCGGUGCUUUGACCCACGAGGCUGCAAUUGAAAUUGCUUUCCGGCGAGGACUGUGCUCAACCGCAGCCAAGAAGGCAAACUCCGUCAAAGGAUCUAUGUUGGCUGUGGGAUUGGGAGAGACCGACGUCCAGCCCUUCGUUAAACAAGUCAAAAACGGUCUCGUGACCGUUGCCUGUGUGAACAGCCCUAGCAGCACGACAAUCUCUGGAGAUGAGGCCGGAAUCGACGAGCUGAGCGAAAUCUUAAACGCCCAGUCCGUCUUCAACAGAAAGCUGAAGGUGGACACGGCAUACCACUCUCACCAUAUGAAGAAGAUUGCCGACCAGUAUCUUGAAUCAUUGAAGCACAUCGGCACUGGCACUCCACAGAAUGGUGCGAUUUUCUAUUCAUCUGUGACAGGACGGAAGAAGGUGACCGAUUUUGGUCCGUCUUACUGGACAGAGAAUCUCGUUUCGAAAGUGCGCUUCAGUGAUGCCCUUCAGCUCCUGGCUGAGGACAUGGCCCGCUCAAAGCAGUCAAGCAACGUGGCAAAUUUCUUUGCUGAGAUUGGUCCUCACAGUGCUUUGUCCGGUCCCAUCAGGCAAAUCAUGGCUAAGCUGAGUGUUCGGUCUUUUAAAUUCACAUAUGCCUCAGCCCUUGUUCGUGGCAAGCAUGCGCUUCAGUCUGUUCUGGAAUUGGUCGGAAAGCUUUUCGAGGCAGGCUGCAAUGUGCAAUUUGAACAGAUCCUUGCGAUGAAGAAGGCUAAGCGGUGGACAGCCAUCGGAGACUUGAGCCCGUACCCAUGGGACCACUCGCUCUCGUACUGGUACGAGUCACGGCUCAGUCGUGAUCAUCGACUGCGCCAGUUCCCAUACCAUGACCUCUUGGGUCUGCUGGAUGUUGCGAGCACAGUUCAUGAGCCACGGUGGCGUUACCAUCUCAAUGUUGAUGCUCUUCCCUGGUUGAGGCAUCACGUCGUUGAUGGGUUCAUGAUUUUCCCUGGCACGGGAUAUCUCUGUAUGGCAAUCGAGGCAAUGAAGCAGAUUGUCCAGCUCCGAAAAGCCCCAGGAAAAAUCUCAAAAUUCCAUCUGAAGAACGUGAUUCUUUCCAAGCCUAUCAUGGUCCCUGACCAACGACCCGACAGUUUCAUUCCUGACGUUGAAGUUCAGCUUACUUUGAGCCGUGUGAAGACCAGUGAUGGUAGUCGGUGGGAGGCUUUCAGAGUCUUCUCAUAUUCUCCUGAGGGCUCCGGCUCCUGGAGUGAGCACUGUUCAGGACAAAUCGCCGUCGAGAUGGAAUCCAAGAUUGACGAGGUUGAAGGCUCGCGCGAGGAAGACUUCUUGGUCUCGUCGUUCGAGCGUAAAUUCCAGAACAUCAGGGAAGCCUCUCAAUUCGAUGAGAAUGUCAAUCCAGAAAAUUUCUACAAGACUCUUCGCGAGUCUGGAAAUGACUUUGGUUCCACAUUCACCUGUAUGACUGAGAUGCAACUUGGUAAUCAUCAGGGUUGGGCCAAGGUUGUUGUUCCGGAUGUGCCAUCUUUCAUGCCUCGCCAAUUCAUGCAGCCUCACGUUAUUCAUCCGUCCUUAUUUGAUGCCCUGAAUCACCUUGCCGUGGUUAUCUUCAAGAGAGAAUGUAGCAAUGCGCCACUUAUGGCGACAUUCUUUGGUGAUAUUGUGGUAUCUGCGGACAUCACUUCCACUCCAGCAGAUGAACUACUAGUCGCUCUUGAGUUAAAUCCGGAAGGACCUCGCUCAGCCUCAGGAAACACCUAUGCCUUCCAGCAAAACGCGGACGGCGGACGCUCCCUUGUUAUGCAUGUCCAAGACUGGCAGUUGAAGGCAAUUGGAGACGUGCAAACCAGCAGUGAGGAAACUCCCUUCCAUCGGAAGAUGAACUACCGGAUGCAAUGGCAGCCAGAUGCCGAGUUCAUUAGCUCUGCACAGCUUCAAGGCGCACGCAGCUCGAAAUCUACUGCCUUGGUUCAGAAGCCCAGUCUCGAUCUGACCCAUGCCUCAAGCGACCUCAAGAUUUCUGAGAAAUUGACAUUUGAGCAAAUUGUUGCCUUGAACGAGCGUGCAGCGUCGCUUUAUAUCCGAGAUACCUUGGCUCAGGUGCCGAAUGACCCCUUGCCAUCCAGUGCCUCUCACCUUGACAAACUCCGCGAAUGGAUGUUGAGAUCAAACUACUCAGACGCCCGAAGGUCAAUGCUUGCAGGCUUGACUGCUUCUGAAGAGGACCUUAUUUUCCAGAAGUCAAUGGCAUCUGGAGUUGAAGGUCUGCUCCUUUCGCGUAUUGGCCUUCAUUUGAGCUCCAUCCUUACCGGAGAGACUGAUGUUGCCGACCUCCUCCAGAAGGACGACCUUUUGUCACGAUAUUACGUGGAGGACCUAUUUUCGCACUGCCAUCAGGAUAUGAUCAACUACAUCAAGGCAGUCGUACACAAGAAACCUCAUAUGAAGAUUCUCUUCCUUGGAGCCGGAACCGAGGAAUGCACUGCUGCAUUGUUGCGCGCGAUUGAUCGGCCAGAGGGUCUCAUGGUUGACCGUUUCGACCUCGCAGAUUGCUCUGAGGCCGCUUUGGAGCGUGCAAAGCCCCAUUUCCAGAAAUGGUCUCAUGCUAUGAACUUCAGGGUUCUGGAUCUCAACGUGGAUCUGAAAGAGCAAGGAUUUACUGUUGAGGAGUAUGACAUGAUCGUUGCGACUAGCUCACUUCACUCUGUCAAGAAGGUUGAUGCCUCGCUGAAGCGACUCCGGCAAUUGACAAAGCCGGGUGGUAAGUUGGUGAUGGUCGAAUUGGUCCGGCCACCAGCCUUGUCCACUGAGCUGAUUUUCGGAGUCUCAUCCGGAUGGUGGGCGGCCGAGGAUGAUCGUAAGAACUGUCCUCUACUCUCUGAGUCGCAAUGGCACAGUCUCCUGGUGGAAAGUGCCUUCAGUGGCAGUGAUAUCGUGAACAGCGAGAACGAAGGUCCAAAAUCGAGAUCAGUCAUGAUCGUCGCCACUGCCUUGGACCAGAAUGAGGUCAACAAAGCAAGUCCCAAAGGCAGCGUCCAAGUUCUUUCCUUCCGUGCUUGGUCCCCUGCAUUCAUCAAGCUGGCCAACGACAUUGUAUCAGAUAUUACCGAAAGAGGUCACAGCUGCUCAAUUGACGCUUUCGAUCCUCGUCAUAUCAAGCAAGACACAACUUAUGUGAUUCUUGACGACGUCGAGAAUGCGCUUUUGUUUAAUCCUUCUGUCGAGGAAUUCGAGAAUCUGAGAAAUCUCUUCAUUACCUGCAAGACUUUGCUCUGGAUCAGUGGACAACAGAAAAUCGACCACAAAGGUAGCGCCGCGAGAGGUCUCAUUAAUGGUAUGGCACGUGUUGCUCGCCGUGAGAAUGAGGGUGUCAAGUUCAUUACUAUCGAUGUUCAGCAAGACGUCGAGGCUCCUGGUUCUGGUCUUGUCAAGCAGAUUGUGGACAUUGCACAAAGCUCGUUCUGGCCCGUCUCCGAGUCGAGCCGGUCCCAAGAACAUGAAUAUGCAAUUUUCAAUGACACAAUCAUGAUUCCUCGAAUUCAGCCUGACACCAAAUUCAAUGACUGGAUUGAUCGAGUGGUCGGUGAAGAUCGACUGGACACUCUCCCUUACCAGCAGCAAGGUCGUGCCCUGAAGCUUCAUGUGGAGACUCCUGGUCUUCUUAACAGUCUCCGGUUCGUCGAAGAUGAUACGAUAUCAUCUACUAUCCGCGAGGAUGAGAUUGAGGUUGAAGCAAGGGCGUACGGUGUCAAUUUCAAAGACGUCUUCAUUGCGCUCGGCCAAAUGCUUCCAGGCGUGAACAUGAUCGGAGAGGUAGCGGGUAUCGUGACCGCCGUGGGCUCGCUCAUGGAGGGGCGAUACAACGUAGGAGACCGAGUCGCCGGAGUCGGAGCUCAACCGUUCACCAGCAGAGCUCGGGUGAAGGGGCUUAUGUCUUGUCGACUCCCUGACUCCAUUAGCUUCGCGGUCGGUGCGUCGAUUCCCAUCAUUUACCUGACAGCCUACCACUGCAUUUUGGAGGUGGCUCGGCUGCGAAAGGGACAGACCAUUUUGAUCCACGCAGCAUCCGGUGGUGUCGGCCAGGCCGCCAUUCAAUUCGCUCAGAAUAUUGGGGCUGAGAUCUUCGCGACCGUUGGCAGCGCAGCUAAGCGCCAAAUUUUGAUUGACACAUACAACAUCCCCGAGGAUCACAUCUUCUCAACUCGAUCCAGAACCUUCAAGAAUGGUGUGCUGCGUUUGACAAACGGCAAGGGAGUUGACGUUGUCUUGAACUCGCUCUCUGGAGAAUGGCUCAACGAUUCCUGGGAAUGUCUUGCUCGCCUCGGAACAUUUGUCGAGAUUGGAAAAACAGAUAUCUACAAGCGAAACCACCUCAAUAUGGCCCCAUUCGAUCGAAGUAUCACCUUCGCAGCUGUCGACCUUGUCGUCUUGUUCGAGAACCAGAUCGAGAGAAUGUAUGACGAGUUCCAAACAGUCGUCAGCUUGUUUGAAUCAGGCGAAUUGGUGCCAGUCGCCCCGGUCACCUCUAUACCGAUUUCAAACAUCGAGGAGGCCUUCCGUUUGAUCGCUUCACGAAAGCACACAGGAAAAGUGGUUAUCGACAUUCAACCAGAUGCUGUUGUGAAAGCAGUCAUCGCCAAGCCCGAGCCACUUCAAUUGGAUCCUUCGGGAUCGUACGUUGUGGCUGGUGGUCUCGGGGACCUUGGCAAGAGAAUUUGUCGACUCCUGGCAGCUCAUGGUGCGCACCAUGUCGUCACAUUGUCUCGUCGAACCUUGUCUGAGGAGGAUCGUCAAGCGUUCGAAGCUGAACUGGCUCAGCUGGGUGCAAAACUCCAUAUCGUCAAGUGCGAUGUUGUUGACGAAUCAUCAAUGAAGGAGGCUGCAGAGAUCUGUAAAGAGAGUCUGCCCCCGGUCAAGGGAAUAAUCCAUGCAGGCAUGGUCUUGCGAGACCAUCCACUUGAACUGAUGACUCCUGACGAUUACCUCACUGCCACGAGGCCGAAGACCCAAGGAACCUUGAACCUGCACUCCAGCUUCCAGAGCCCUGCACUUGACUUCUUCAUCAUGCUUUCAUCCAUCACUUGCAUAGUUGGCAAGACCGGCCAAGCCAACUACUCAGCUGGGAACGCCUUCCAAGACUACUUUGCCCAUGCUAACGCAGGAAAGUCACGCACUCGCUAUAUCUCCCUCAACCUGGGUGCAAUCGAUGGAUCCGAUGCAAUCACUUCUUUGCCAAUUCGUCAGCAAGAGCUGAUGAGGCAGGGUGCAAUUCUGGUCAAGUUUGAGGAACUCUUCAAGGUUCUCGAGUAUGCCAUGGGCCCUCAAGCCUCCUCUGAUGACUGCGUCCAGUCAAUCAUGGGCUUCGACAGAGAAUCUAUGGAAACGGUCCAGGAUACAUUUGGUCUGAACAACCCAAUGUUCAGUCAAGUGCCGUAUCUGUCGAGCGGCACUGCGUCUGGGGAUGCGUCAUCUGCCAAGGUGGACACGGAGAAGGCCAUUCGUACCGCCUCAUCGAUCGCUGAAGCUGAAGAGAUCAUCACGCAUGCAAUUGCUGAGAAAUUUGCCCUGUUCAUGGACCGGGCAAUGGAGGACGUCAACCUCGACCAGUCGCUUGCCGCUUUUGGACUUGACUCGCUUGUUUCAAUUGAACUGAAGAACUGGAUGGUCCGCACCUUCCAGGUCAGUUUGCAGACUUCCGAGAUCGCAGACGCUCUCAGUGUCGUUGCCCUGGCCAAAACAAUCACGUCACGAUCGAAACUUAUCAGCGACGAAUUGCGUGGAACUACUUCAGCUCCAGAAGAACAAGAAGAUACACCUGCUCAGCAGACUGCAGUGGUAGAAAAUACCGGCCCCAACCAUGACUUUGAAUGUUGCCGAUUUGCAAAGGAUCUUCCCAAGCAGCCAUUGAUGGAUCUGGACGAGGCUUUGAGCAUGGUUCUGGACGGCACUCGCCACUUUGCCACUGAGGAAGAGUACAAAACUCUUUGCGAAGCUGUUGAGAAGUUUGGCCAUGAGGGCAGCACCGGGCGUCAACUCUACGACCAGCUCGUUCGCAAGUCGACUGAUCCUCAUGUGGACAACUGGAUGGCCGACAUUCUCACGGACGCCCUAUUCCUCAAGAGACGUUUCCCGUUGGCCCCUCUUCAAAGCUUCUUUGCGACACAUCAUGAGAGCGCAGUUCCGCAUCCCCAAGCAGACAGGGCAGCUUUGAUAGCCACGACGGCAUUCCGCUUCAAGGAAGCCGUGGAUGCUGGAAAUCUUGAACCUCACUGGUAUUUCAACAUCCCGUCUUGUAUGGAUUCAUGGCAGUGGCUGUUCAACACUACUCGUGAGCCUCAUGUUGAGGCUGAUUGCAUGAGGAAGUACCCCGACAACGACUACUGUAUUGUACUCCGCCGUGGCCACAUCUUCAAGGUUGACUUGAAGAGUGGAUCUGAAGCAGUUCCCUACUCCGAAGUUCAGGGCCAGUUUGAAGCCAUUUUGAACAGUGUUCAAGACGAAGGGUUCUGGACUGGAAUUCUGACCAAUGACGAUCGCGACAACUGGGCUAUUAACCGCGAGAAGCUCAUUGCAUUGAGUGAGAAAAAUGCAGAGUCCAUUCAAAUAAUCGAGAAGGCACUGUUUGCCAUCUGCCUCGACGAUGGCGCCCCGACAACAAACUCUGAGCGGAUCCGAAAGGCAUAUCUCGGCAAUGGCUUCAAUCGUUGGAACGAUAAAGGUCUUCAAUUCACAAUUUUCGAAAACGGCUCCUCGGGAUAUCAGGUCGAACAUUCGAUGAUUGAUGGUUUGACCGUGCACCGAAUGAAUGAGUGGAUUCACGAGGCCAUUCACGCACAUGUCCCGAGUAACGUCACGAACGGACAUGGACACGCAAACGGAGAUGUCAACGUGGCAUCCAAUGGCUUCCAGCCUGGCUUGGAGGAAUAUGCACUCACCACCAGCCCAGAGAUCGACGAGCACAUCCUCGUUGUGCGGGAGCAGCACCUCAAGGCAACGUCCAGCCGUGAAUACGGCUACCUGGCCCUCCCACAUUUCGGUAAGAACUUCCUCGCGGAACACGGCUGUCCGAUCAAAUCAGUCUUCGACGUGACCAUUCAGCUCGCCAGUAAGCUGUACUUUGGACACAACCCAGCAUCUUGGGAGCCAAUGUCAAUGGCGCACUUCCACAAGGGUCGUACAGAAAUCUUCCAAGGUGUCUUGCCGUCAGUAGCCCAAUUCUGCGAGUCGGCAUGCGACGAGACGAUGCCUGCUGACCAGCGCCGCGAUAUGCUCAUUCGUGCCGCAAAUGACUACACUGCUGGUCUGCAGACCUCUGGUAAGGGCAACAACUAUUUCCGCUUGAUGAAUGUCUUGGAAACAAUGUGGCCAAGUGAUGAAGAGCCGGCUCUGCUUUUCAAGGAUCCAGUCUGGCUGAAGACAUAUCCUCGACUGAUCAUGUCUGGGUUGACUGAUGGCGGAUCUCGGGACUCGGCGUUCUCGCUCAUUGAUCCCGAGGGUGUCUGGAUCUGCUAUUCAAUUGAGGAACAAGAAGCGCGGUUCUCGAUUGUUGGUCCCACUGGCAAGGUCUCUGAAUUCGAGAAGGUCCUUGAUGAGGCAGCCGUUACGGUGAAAAAGCUUAUUGGGUCAAAGUAG